AUGGCCCAUAUGGCAUUAGCCAGAGCCCUGGGAUGGGCCAUUUUUGUGCUCCUGGUGACGGCAAAUUUCGCCGAGUGCAUCGGCGUGAACUGGGGUACUCAAGCAGCACAGCCUUUGGAUCCUAGCAUCGUGGUUCAAAUGCUUCAAGACAACAAGAUUCACAAGGUUAAAUUGUUUGAUUCAGAUCAUUGGACUGUGAAAUUCUUUGCAGGGACUGGCAUUGAAGUCAUGCUUGGCAUCCCUAAUGACCAGUUGUCUAAGCUUUCUCAUUACCGUAAUGCCAAAGAUUGGGUGAAACAAAAUGUUUCCACACAUAUAUAUGAUGGAGGUGUUGAUAUCAAGCAUGUUGCUGUUGGCAAUGAGCCAUUCUUGAAGAGCUACAAUGGUUCCUUUACACACACCGUUUUUCCAGCAUUAAAGAAUGUUCAAAGGGCUCUUGAUGAAGCUGGACUUGCAGACAAAAUCAAAGCAACCAUCCCACAAAAUGCAGAUGUCUAUGACUCUGGUUCAGGGGGUCCAUCAGAAGGAAAUUUCCGCUCAGACGUUAGAGGUCUUAUGAUCGAAAUAGUCAAUUUUCUCAAGGAGAACAAAUCCCCGUUUAUUGUGAACAUCUACCCCUUUCUCAGCUUGUAUCAAAAUCCAGAUUUCCCCAUUGGAUUCGCCUUUUUUGAUGGUAACGCGCAACCCAUCAGGGACCACAAUGUCCAAUAUACCAACAUGUUUGAUGCAAAUCUAGACACACUGGUAUCGUCCUUGAGAAAAGCUGGGGCUCCUAAUUUGGAGAUAAUUGUGGGAGAGAUUGGUUGGCCUACAGAUGGAGACGUUUAUGGGAAUGCCACUAUGGCUCAAAAAUUUUAUGACGGCCUUUUCAAGAAAAUGGUAGCUUCCAAGAAAGGAAGUCCGCUGCAUCCAGAACCUGUGGAGGUCUAUCUUUUCAGUCUAACAGAUGAGAAUCUGAAAAGCAUUGAUCCAGGUUAUUUUGAGAGGCACUGGGGGAUUUUUCGCUACGAUGGACAGCCUAAGUUUGCAUUGGAUUUUAGUGGCCAAGGGAACAACAAAAUGCCGAUUGGGGCAAAAAACGUUCACUACUAUCCUGCACAAUGGUGUGUGUUUGCCGGUGCAAAAGACAUGAAUAUGGUCAUACCUAAUCUAGAAUAUGCGUGUCAGCGAAGUGAUUGCUCAACCAUGAUAGCUGGAGGAUCCUGUAGUAAAUUGGACAAGAAUAAGCAGGUAUCUUAUGCGUUCAACAUGUAUUUUCAGAUAAACAACCAAGACGUUGAAGCCUGUAAUUUUCAAGGUAUGGCCAAAAUUAUCGAAGGAAAUGCCUCAACAUCAGAAUGUCUCUUCCCAAUAGCAAUUGAGAGUGCUGGAGGAAGACUCGAGAAUGGGAUAGGAGUGAGCAUUCUUGUUGCAAUUCUGAUCUCCCUUGUAUUUUUCUAGGAUAUGCAAUUCUGUUUCCUGGAUCGGCAUAUUUUGUAAUUCCAACACUGGAUUUCAUAUAUUAGGUAGGUAGAACCCCAGAUUGGGAAAAAGCUCUCAAAGAAUAGCUGACAACCUUACAACCAUC